GGUGGCAUUUUUCGGUGCUGAGUUCCCUCAAGUCCCCCCUCCCCUUUUAUAUUUUUUUCAAGCGCACAUCGGGUGAGGCAUCGUUCGGAUUCAAAAUCUUUGUACUUGGUCAGCUGACCCAAGAACGUACAAGUUACAAAACAUGACAAUCGGUAGUUUACAAUAGUGACGUAAGGAGGACAAUUACAAGCAGAAAUAAGUCAAGGUUUUCAUGUUGUCACCGGGAUAGUUAAUUAAUGGAUCCUACUCCCACCGCGACCGUACCACCGUUGCAAAGCGACUGCGAGACAGAGUCAAGUUCUGUUUGGAGCUGGUGGCCUUCCUGGCGCCCAACAUCCAUGUCCCUUUUGAAGGCUACAGACAGCAAGAUUCUAAGCUGUAUUCAAAAUGAACUGUGGGCCAGGUUUGUCACCCUUCCAACCAAAGAUCGAAUAUGGACUCUGACCCUCACCAACAAAGUUGCAAAAAAACCUGCAGAGCAAGCUUCCAAAACACCCCUGGUGAUGGUCCAUGGCUUUGGAGGAGGGGUCGGCCUGUGGAUUAGGAACCUGGAUUCACUGAGCCGGUCCCGGACUGUUUAUGCCUUCGACCUCCUUGGCUUCGGCAGAAGUUCCAGGCCUCCUUUUCCGUCCAACGCUGACAAAGCAGAGCAUCAGUUUGUCAACUCCAUAGAGCACUGGAGACAGUCUGUAGGUGUGGAAAACAUGGUUCUGCUGGGACACAGCCUGGGAGGGUACCUGGCUACAUCCUACGCCAUCCAGUACCCUUCAAGAGUGUCCCAUCUAAUCCUGGUUGACCCUUGGGGUUUCCCUGAGAAACCACAGAUUCAGAACCAGGAGGUUCAAGGUGAGUCUACAGAGUUGGUGAAGAGGCCGUCUGCACCACGCUGGGUAAAAGCUAUCAUCUCAGUGGUUUCCCUCUUCAAUCCCCUGGCUGUCAUCAGAGCAGCAGGCCCGUGGGGUCCAGGCUUGGUGAACAGAUUUCGUCCUGAUUUCAAAAGGAAAUUUGAGGAUCUGUUUGAUGAUGACACAAUGACACAGUACAUCUACCACUGUAACGCACAGACGCCCAGUGGCGAGGUGGGUUUCCGGGCCAUGGCGGAGUCUCUGGGUUGGGCUAAGAGACCCAUGCUACAACGAGUCCAUCUGCUGCCCAGCUCCAUGCCACUCACCAUGCUGUAUGGAGCCCAGUCCUGGGUUGACAGCUCCUCGGGGGACAAGGUGGUCCAGAUUAGGGGCCCUGCUCACACUAAAGUGCUGCUCAUAAACGAUGCUUCUCACCACGUGUAUGCUGAUCAACCGGAGAAGUUCAACCAAGUGGUAGAAAGUAUAUGCAACUCUGUUAACUGAAUGUAGGGUGUGUAUACAUUGUGUUGUUUUUAUAAAGAGAAGUCAUCCACAUCAACAUCUUUAGCGUUUGAAUGUCAUCAUAGUCAUAAUUUAUUCAUGUUCUAAUAUCAAAAUGUAUUUUUUUAAUAUUCAGCCAAUGUGUGUACAGUAUAUGGCUUUGUUUCUUUUUAACAUUGUCAAUGCAUGCAUGGGAUUUCACGCAAAGUCAUUUUGUUGUCUUUUUGACUCGACUGAAGCCAGUUUAUUUUUCAUUUGCUUGUUUUAAGCAUAAAAACACAUUGAGGAUAAUCAACUGUCAUAUCUGGUGAGUGUAAAAUAAAAAUCUAUUAUUUACAUGUUAACUACAGCUCAGAUUAUUCCGUGUAUAUCCUGUGCUUGAGUUUUGUACCUUGAAAGCAAUAAAGUAUCUGAAA